UACUUAAAAUGAAACUUUACACUAUCGUACAAGUUGUAUCGUUUUCAAGUACAGGAUGUACACAGCAACUGAGGAAGAACAAUCUUGUAGAGACGUCCCAACAGGGUGAUUGUUUGGAAGAGCACCAUGCAGUUACACAACAGUUAGUAGCUUCAAAUUCCAUUGCUCCAUCAUCAGCAAAUGUUGCGUUCCAGUACCCAGUAGGUACUACAAUCCCAUUUCAAUCACUGAUACCACCUUCUCAAAGUGCCGUAAUGGGUUGGAUGUACAGUGUGACCCAGUCGUCAGUAGGACCGUUAUUCACGCCUACUAGUGAACAUCAAUAGGUGGUCGUAUUAUGUAAUGCAAGCACGACGUAACAAUAUUAUUAUUUUGGUUUGAAGCUAUCAUUUUAUUUCAACAUCAAUAGGUGGUUAUUUAUUUCAACAGUGUUUUGAAUGCUUAUGAUGCUCCACUUAUUGUUCAUGUAUAUUUAGUUAAGUUUACUAAUUUUAUAAGAUGUUUACUGUCUCUGGAUUGGCACACAGAUCAUGUGUAUAUCCUUUUUUGUAGUGACAUCAUUUUCAAGAGCUUAUUAAUUACAACC